UGCAGAGGACCUUCACCUCAGGAUGGUGCUUGUUGGGAGAACGGGAGUUGGGAAGAGUGCAUCAGGAAACACCAUCUUGGGAAGAAAAGCCUUUAAAUCUACAUCCUCUUUUGCUUCAGUGACGUCAGAGUGUCAGAAGGAAACAGGAGAGGUGGAAGGACAGACGCUGGCUGUCGUCGAUACUCCGGGCCUGUUUGACAUCACCGUGUCUGAGUUGGAGGUGAAGGAACAGUUUGUUAGAUGCAUCUCCUUUGUUGCUCCUGGUCCUCAUGUGUUCCUGAUCGUCAUCCAGAUUGGCAGAUUCACCAAAGAAGAACAAGAAACAGUGAAAAUCCUUCAGGAGAUAUUUGGAAAAGAAGCAGCAGAUUAUACUAUGGUGCUGUUCACACAUGGAGAUGAUGUGGACAAUGAAGCUAACAUAGACACAUUAAUAAAUGGAAAUCAGCGUCUGCACGGCUUCAUCAGUCAGUGUGGUGGAGGAUAUCAUGUUUUUAAGAACAGAAGUGAGGAUGUCUCUCAGGUCAGGGAGCUGCUGGAGAAGAUCAACACCAUGGUUCAGAGCAACGGAGGAAAAUGUUACACCAAUGAGAUGCUGCAGGAGGCUGAGAGAGCCGUCAGAGAAGAGACUGAACGUAUUCAGAGAGAAGAUACAGAGAUGGUGGAAGAAGAAGAAGCAGGAGGUGCAGGAGGACAGGAAGAGAAAAAGAAGAAGUUCCUGAAGAGUGUGGGUAUCGGAGCGGGUGCUGGAAGUGUGCUGGGUCCAGUGGGAGCAGCACUGGGAGCGGCAGUGGGAGCUGCUGUUGCAGCAGCGAAAGAGAAACAAUGUGUCAUACUGUGAUAUGAAAAGCAAUUUUAAUGUUAUCAUCAUCAUUAGUUACUGAUCAUCUGACCUGUAAGAAGUUAUUUUCAUUCACAACCAUCAGUCAGUCAUAUUAUGGAUUAAAAUUAUAUUAUGGAUAAUUUGACAGCUGCCAAACUGCACCUGACUCCCUGAAUCAGUAUCCAACACAUUUUUGUUCCUGUGUAAUAAAAAUAAAAUGUUUCUUUGUAACUAAAAAGCUCCGUGAAAUCCAGAGUGGAUCUGUGGCAGGAUGUCAGCUGUGCAACAAGCCCAGUUGUGAAAUUUCCUCACAAAUAAAUAUUUCACAGUCACCUGUUGAAGUCAUCACAACAAAGAGGAAGUGAUCGGGACUGACAGCAACUCAGCCAUGAAGUGGUUGGCCACGUAAAUCAGUGAGCAGGGGCAGGUGAGGCGCAGAGUGAACGUAGGUCACCAGCUUUCUGCAGAGCCAAUCACGACGGACCUCCAAACUUCAGAUUAGCUUCAUGGAAUGAGUUUCCAUGGUGACCAGAGCACUACAUCCAAACACCAAGCGUAGACCAAAACAUUGGAUGCAGUAGUCUUGCUGUAAACUGCCUAAUGUACUUCUUAGUUGUGGUCACUUCCUAAUUGGAUCAAAUUAUUUGCUCUUGCUAACUUGACAAAAACAUUCAAAAACGCAUCAUCAGUCCUCUAAGUCCAUAUUCUAAUUUUUAAAAUCUUCUUGGGUCCUCAUCAGUGAUGUUCAGUAUUCAGAUUGUUACACAAAGAAAAGUAAAGUAACAUGCAUUAGCUGCUACUUUUCCUAAAAAUACUGCCGUAUGUUACUUGCCUCAUCUCUGGCUCCAGUGCCACACUCCAACACAAAUCCCUACCCUAAUGAGGACACACAUACAUUGUUACUUUUAACUUUUACAUAUCAACCCAAAGCAAAGAUAAACACCAAUCCAAACAGACUUUAAAGUGGUCGCCACGGUGAUUCUGGUGUAAAAUAAUGAGCAUGUAGAAAUGGAGGCUGCAGCCUGGCUGCUCGUCAGCCUGUUGAAGUUCAGUCCUGAAAGGCUGAAUCGUACUGUGCCACCAUAUUCCUCCUCAAUCAGCGGAGCGUGCAAGAAGGAAAACAAUGCCUGUCCUUUGAUUUUUUCCUUUUCUCUCUGUCUAGCAUGCAGAUAACUGAAUAACCUUUGUAAUUCAACUACAGUAGUAUAACAGGUACUGUAAUAUAAUUACUAGCUGGCUUAUGGCCC